CUUAACGAGCUGUCUAUUGGAUUUUCAUUUUCAAGUGAGUGAGACUAGAUUAAUAGAUACAUUUGUUUUAGUAUAAUGAUACAACAUGAUAAAUUAUCUCUACAUACAUAAUAAAACAUUUUAACUAGUUUAACUAGCGUUAAACAGAAAUUAAUUGGGUACGAUUAAUUGUGAUAUUUUUCACUUUGCUAACAGCACACAUAUGGAUGUUAAAAGGAUGCUAUGGGACGUUUCAAGGAGAUGGUACGCGUGUAAAAUAGUGUGUCUGGUCUCAUGUUUGAUAGCGUUCUAUGUAGUGACGCAGUCCACCAUUUCACAGACUAAAGGUAAAGAUGUAAAACGGCAGUUAAACGAUGGUAGACCGUGUACGAGUACGUUCUUGCAGCCACAAAGAGCCAACAUGGAGAAGAUCUCGUCCUACGAGUUCCCUGACGUUCAACAUUAUAUCCAUGAACUAUUUCCGGAGAAACCCGUCCAAGACACCCGCGAGACGUUGUCAAGCCCGGUUUUCGUCACCGCCUAUUCGUCGAACCAUUUCGUCGAAUCCAAGCGUCUGUUUGAAAACAUUAACUCAAUAGUGCGGAGGCAGUUUCCGGCCUUGAAAGUGAUAGUUUACAGCAUGGACCUUUCACAGUCAUUAAUCAGAGAGUUACUUACCUUUUGCCAGUGCGAGGUUCGCCAGUUCCGAUUCGACUUCUAUCCUCCGCACGUGCGAGUAAUAUACGGUUACACAUGGAAACCGCUCGUGCUACAGGAGGUCGCCAAGGAACAUCCCUUUGUCGUAUGGAUGGACACGUCCGUGCGUUUCGACGACCUCGAUCUGAGGCCAUUUUUCCAAAGAGCGAAAUAUUUAGGCGUUGUCGUCUCGACCGGACAGGGAUCCGUAGCGAUGCGCACGCAUACGAAAACAUUCGAAUUUCUCAACGAGGAGCCAUGCGCGUUUAAAAACGCCACCGAGUUUCAGGCUGGAUACAUAAUGUUAUAUUCGAAUCCGACAGUGACUCAGUACUUCAUGAAACCCUGGGUGUCGUGUGCUUUAACGCUGGGAUGCAUGUUUCCCGAUUAUAAAGCGCGGGAAUACAUCGGCUGCGGAAACUACGGGGAGGUUUACUUCGACUGCCACCGGUUUGACCAGUCUAUUUUGAAUAUUUUGAUUCGGAGACUAUUUGGCACCCAGUCAGACGCCCAUGCCAUAGCGACCAAACAGUACCAUAGUUUUUGCAAAGGAAUCGACACAAGUUGGUAUCUGCCGUCGUUUAUUUAUGAAAAACCUUUACGUGAAAUUUAUUCAGAGACGUGUUUCUAGUCCUUGAUUUUGCUCAAAUACGGUGUUCACUCAUUUUUUUAUCUCCUACUGUAUGUCACUAUGUUCAAUGUUUUAUUGUUUUACUGGUUUGAUAAUUUCGCAUAUUUAUAUUAUAAAACAUGUUCGAUGCCAAGUUA